CUGGGAGACGUAAGCACUCGGACUGUUCACAUUUCCCGGAUGUUAUUCAGUCAAACGUUGCUGGUGCUGCUGCUGCUGCACUGACAGAAAUACUUGAUCCACUCUGCCUGCAGCAUGGUUCAAGUGGAAGAGAACUACACUAAAGUGUCAAACUUUUUUAUUGUGGGGUUCCCGGGUCUCCAGCUGGAGUAUUUUCACAUGGUGGCAUGGUUCUUUUUCAUCCUCUAUGUGACCACAGUGAUGGCAAAUCUGGUACUGGUAGUGAUGUUUGCUUUGGAGCACAGUCUCCAGAAGUCCAUGUAUAUCAUCAUGGUCAGUCUGGCUCUCUCGGACAUUGGCUUUACCACAGUGGCUUUACCAAAACUUAUAGCUCGUUACUGGUGGAAUGAUGGGAUUAUUGGCUUUUACACAUGCCAUUUCCAAAGACACAUGAUCCACUAUUUUGGCAGUUUGAACUCCCUGAUUUUUUUGACCAUGGCUGUGGAUCGAUAUCUGGCCAUCUGUUUUCCUCUCAGAUACCCCAUGAUGAUGACGGUCCCAACAAUGACCGCCCUGACGGUUUUGUCCUGGUUAGUGGCACACAUCUUCCCUGGAGUCAGCUCCAUAAACUUUACCAAGAUUUCUUUUUGUGGGCCAAGUCAAAUUAUACAUGCCUUUUGUGACACCACAUCUCUUGCAGCUCUUGCAUGUGAGGACAAAAGCCAUCUCACAGGAGCCUCUUAUGCCACAGCAAUGUUUAUCCUUCUUGUUCCUUUAGGCUUUGUGAUCUUCUCCUACUUUUGUAUUAUAAUCUCAGUCUAUAAAAUGACCAACUGGCAGGGGAGAAUAAAGACAUUUUCUACCUGUACCACCCAGGGUUGCAUCAUUGUGAUCUACUACAUACCACGCUUCUUUGUCUACUCCAUAACACUUAUUCCUAACAUGAAGAUGACCCCCGACAGCCGAAUAGCCACAAUAUUUUUCUACAGCUUCUUCCCUCCGCUGAUAAACCCGUUUGUCUACUUUCUAAGAACCAAGGAGAUGCGGGAAAUACUCAGCCGCUGGGUUCAGAGAUUGUAAAAUGCUGAGCCCAAGUUCAGCAAAAUGGGCACUGCACCCAAAUUAAAAUGAAAAAACUUAAAGCACCAUGUUUUAGGUUAAUGCAUCUUUCUGUGCUUAUAUUUGUAUAUUGCUUGGUAAAAUACCACUUUGCUUUACCGGCAUUCUGUCACAUGAAACUAGAAAUAACUAUUCUACGCCCAUAACUAUAUCAUUUUAAAUGUAUGCAAUAAGAGCUCAGUAAACUAUGCUGGUCCUAUAUGCAUCUAAUACUUGAAAUAUGCUUUGAAAUGCAGUUACCUGCUGACAGCAGGUUAAAUUUAUUUAAACUGUACUGAAGUAGACCUGAUUUUAUUUUCUAGUUGGAGAAAUGUUUUGGACUUAGUUAAUAAUUUGUCUAUCAUUCCCUAAAGGUAAUUUUAACAUUUUAUUUUGUCUUAACCUUGCCUUUUUUUGCAUACUU